AUGACCAUGUCGGGUGAUCAAUCCAUGAGUGUUAGUGGAACAGCUGAUGGUGCUUUGCCUUCAACGUCACGCUCACACAAGUCAUCGAAGUUAAAUGAGUGUGUCACAUAUUGUGAACCACUGAUGCUUACACAACUUUGGAAGAUUGAGAAUUUUCACACGAUUUUGAAGCUUUCUAGGCCGGGACAAUGUUUUAGGAGUCAAGUUUUUCGUGACCAACAAAUGCCGGAUGUUUGCUGGCAACUAUGCUUGUAUCCGAAUGGCAAACGGGAAGAGAAUAAAGAUAAUGUUUCUUUGUUUCUCAAGAUGUCUGCAACGGUUCCAAACAAGGAGGUGCUCGUGAAAGCAGAAUAUCGCUUCUAUUUCUUGGGCGACAGCGAGCAACCUCUGUUCACUAACGUAAACAUCGGCGAUUUUCAUGCAAAACCGCCCAAGGGAGGUCAUUCGUGGGGACUUCGAAACAUUCCGAAGUCCAAAGUUUCUGGAGCUGUGCGACAGGACAACUCACUAGUCAUCUCCUGCAUCAUUGAGCUGAUGCCUGACAUUAGUCGAAUUAUUUGCAAGCGAGCAACAGUCAACCCUUUGUGGACAACGGAGGAAAUCAGUGCGUCGCAUAUCCGAGAAGAACUCGACUUGCUUCACAGUGGCGAAGGCUCGGAUUUCAUUGUACUUGUUGAAAAUCAAGAGUUUCUCGUUCAUUCCCACAAGCUCAGAGCUCAUUCAUCCGUUUUCCGGGCUAUGCUUUCUCACGGCAAUGUGGCCGAAUCAAAGGAUCGCGUGCUUAAAAUGGAGGGUGAUCCGUUGGCGGUGAAGUUGAUGCUUGAGUAUAUCUACUGCGGUCGAAUCAUGUCCGAGACGGCCUGGGAAAAUUAUGUCAAUGUGAUGAUAUUAGCCGAGAAGUACGAUAUUUCUGACUUAAAGUGUGUUUGCGAGCAACAGUUGAUCAAUGCAACAUCACGGGACAAUGUUUGCGAUAUUCUUUCACUGGCCGAUCUUCACAACGCGCAUUCGCUCUACGCUCAUUGUUUGGAUGUUGUUUCCACAAACAAAUCUGGCAUUACUAGGACCGAUAUGUGGCGACGAUUCAGGGAAGAUUCUCCUCGUUUGGCUGCUGAGGUCCUCGAACGCGUCCUUGAAGCUGGUCAAAGCCCUCCACCACCCAAGCGCAGUCGUGGAAAUUAU